AUGACACAACAAGACCGGCCAAAGAGCUACGAAAAGAGCAACGACUUCCCCGCCGAGAAGACGUCGCUUGCCACCGACGAGGAGGUUGGCAAUGUUGACCGAUCGCGCGAUUCUAACAGUCCCGAGACAUCUACGGGCUUUAUCAAAAUGUGGUAUCGGAGACUAAGGGCCCCUAUCCACCUCUUCAUCUGGCUCGUCUUUACUGCCUGGUGGAUCUUUGGUUUAGUCAAGUUUCGCAAAACUAAGAACUGGUUGAUCCCGUUCCUGGUGUACCUUGCCAUCACGCUACGCAUUAUCACCCUCUGGAUUCCCGUUCGAUAUGUCAUGGACCCAGCCAAGCUCGUAUGGCGCCACACUGUCUUCAGGGUGUAUGAGCUCAUCCCCAAGUAUCUUCACCGGCCACUUGCUGCCAUUGGAACAGUCGGUGUCUUCCUCCUCGGUACCCUCGUGCCCGAAGAGUCGGGUGACAACACAAGGCUCGGUCGUCUCCAGGCUCUUUUUGGUCUGGUUGUCAUUCUCUUCGUUAUGGCCGUCACAUCAAGGAAAUUCAGUGCCAUUCCCUGGCACACAGUAAUUGGCGGUAUGCUAACGCAAUUCAUCAUCGCCCUCUUCGUGCUGCGAACCCAUGCUGGUUAUGAUAUCUUCAGCUUCAUAUCUGAACUUGCUCGUACUCUGCUGGGUUUCGCCAAUGAAGGUGUCGUAUUCUUAACAGAUAAAGACGUACCCAACAUUGGCUGGUUCUUGAUUGGUGUCAUUCCACCCAUCAUCUUCUUCGUUGCCCUGGUUGCUCUCCUCUUCCACGUUGGACUUAUCCAGUGGUUCAUUGGGAAAUUUGCCGUUUUCUUCUUCUGGACUCUUCGGGUGUCUGGAGGUGAAGCCGUUGUCGCGUCCGCCACUCCUUUCAUCGGCCAGGGUGAAUCCGCCAUGUUGAUCCGUCCCUUUGUCCCAUAUCUCACUCUUGCCGAGCUGCACCAGGUCAUGACAUGUGGUUUCGCCACAAUUGCCGGCUCUGUGCUUGUUGCUUAUAUUGGACUCGGACUCAACGCACAAGCACUCGUAUCGUCCUGUAUCAUGUCUAUUCCUGCGUCACUCGCCAUUUCUAAGAUGCGAUAUCCCGAGACGGAGGAAUCCCUGACUGCCGGAAAGGUGGUUGUGCCAGAGAAUGAGGAGGACAAGGCCGCUAACCCGUUACACGCAUUCGCCAACGGCGCCUGGCUGGGUCUGAAGAUUGCGGGCAUGAUUGUUGCCACGCUACUUUGUAUUAUCGCCUUCGUUGGGCUCAUCAACGGCCUUCUCAGCUGGUGGGGUAGUUACUGGGGCAUUUCAGACCCCCCUCUGACACUCCAGUUCCUUCUUGGCUAUAUCUUCUACCCUGUUGCUUGGCUUCUUGGUGUGCCAAAAGGCGAGCUGCUCCAGGUUGGUGAGCUCAUCGGCCAGAAGAUCAUCAUUAACGAAUUUGCUGCCUUCCUUGCUCUUACAACCGACCCACGGUACAUGAUGCUGAGCCCCCGAGCAACUAUCAUUGCCACAUAUGCUUGCUGUGGAUUCGGUAACAUUGGUUCCCUCGGAACACAAAUCGGUGUGCUUUCACAAAUUGCUCCCAAUCGUGGUGGUGACGUCUCCAGGGUUGCUAUAUCAGCUUUGAUCGCUGGUAUCUUUUCUACCCUGACAUCAGCUGCUGUUGCUGGUAUGGUAUAUACCGAAGGAAUCGGUCUUGCAAGUCAGGUAUUGAAUUCAUAA